AUGUCGCUAACAGAAGGUAAUCUUGGUUGCCAGUUGGCAGUUCUCCAAGCAGGAAUUCUCAGGGAACAAGAAGAAAACGUGGAUGAUCAUAGCAACACAGAAGACACCGAAAAUGAUGUAGGUCUUCCAGGUGAUGUUGGUGAAAGCACUGGGAACAAACAAGGCCAAAGCGAAGUUAAAGAUCCAGUUGAAAGAAGCACAGAUACCGUUGGCAAGAGCUCGUUGUCUAAGAGGGAAGAUUUCAGAGCAGUAAAUCCAGAUACCAGGACCCCAGGUAGGAGCGAAAGAACUAACGAAAAGAUAAGAACAAGCAAUGACAGCCUUGGAAGCAGCCGAUCUGUCUUUAGGAAUCAAAAUUCUGAUGUUGGUGUUACCAUCAACACUGUCGACGGGGUUACUGUAAACAGCCAACAAACCAGAAAUAGCAAACAACCAGGUCAUCAUGAGAACACCACCAAUGAGCAACAAAGGACGACGACCCCAGCUGUCAAUGAAGAGAAGAGCAGGAACAGUCAUGACCAUGUUAAGAACGUAUUGGAUGGAAGAAGAAACAAGGUUGACGUUACCAGUGUAACCAGCCAUUUCGAAGAUGUUAACAACGUAGUACAUAGCGACAUUGACACCAGUCAUUUGUUGCCAGAUUUGAGCCCAAAUACCGACCAUAGUACGGUUCAAAGAAUCCUUCUUGAAAAGAUCCAAAAUGGUAGUGGCCUGAGAUUCACGGUCAAUUCUGAUAACCUCCUUGAUCUCCUCAACCUCGAUAAGAACAUCAGAGUCAUUGACAUCACCGUGAGCUUGAGUAGCAGCAAUGAUCUCAAUAGCUUCUUCCCAUCUGUCCUUACUGGCCAACCAACGAGGAGACUCAGGCAAACACAAGGUACCAAUGAACAACAAGAAACCAGGGACGAUUUGAAUACCCCAAGCAGUUCUGAAAGAAGCCUUUCCAGAAAUGAAAGAACAACCAUAACCAAUGUAGAACAUGAUCAUGAUACCCCAGGUGACAGCCCAUUGGAAGAGACCAACAAGACGACCACGGAUGUUCUUAGGAGCGAGCUCGGCAACAUAGACAGGAACUUGGGACGAGGCCAAACCAAUAGCGAAACCAGCAACAACUCUACCAACGAUUAG